ACGCAGAGUCUGAACGGCAGGGCGUAACGCUGUUACUCCACUAAACCCCGUGUUGACACAUUAGACAUGAAACUAUCGCUUUGGAUAUCGGACUGCCCUAAAAACCCAGAUGACAAGCCUUAAACCCGGAGCGAGACGGUACGAGUAAGAAUCCCAUCUGGACUGUGAGAGCUGUGCUGCAGCUGGACUCACUAUAAAACAGAGGUUGUCACCGUGAAUAAUUUUGAAAGACUCUGGACAGCUGGAGGACUAUCACCUUCCCGUAAUCCCUGCUUCUCACCCUCAAGCCUGUGGGAAAAACCAGCACUACACUUCCUACAGACCCUGUUCCAGUAGGAUGCCUCAUUGAGUGUUUGGUGGCAUUCACACUGGACUCUCAAACAUCUGAUUCUGGCUGGCAAGAGAGAAAAAAGCAACUUGGAACAUCUGCGGAACACAUCAACGGAAAGCUGUCACCAGGUGGGCUAUAUGUUGUGGCAUUGGGGAGGGGGCCAGAGGACUUCUUCAUGCCCACAGGCCUCUCCUGUCUACAGGGGAGAUGAUCUGGAGCACUGCACACAGGCCUAUCAUUAGGCCAUUGGGGCCCAUGCUUAGGAAUGGAUAACUUUGCCACUGAAUGUUGCAGUGCAACUUCCCUUUAACUAUGGAUAACCAGUGAAGGAUUGGUAUGAAAAUCCUUUUUUUCCUUGAAAAAAGCACAAGAAGAAAUUUUUGGAAUAACUACUAAGUACCUUUUAUUUGCUUUUUAAGAUUGAUUUUCUUUGUAAUUUUUACAUAAAUGUGUCUUUAUAGCAUUGAUUGUUUUUAAGUGACAAAAGUUAUCACAUAAACAGACUUUCAAAUUUAUGAAUAAACAAAGACCAUGGCAGCAACCUAUCGCAUUGUGGUCAGCAGUAUAAACUGUUACAACAGUGUAGUAAUUGACCGUCGUGUCCAGCACACUGUACACUACUGUAAUGGUCCCUGUGGUGCUCUAAAACAUGGAAUUAACUGCACAGUGGCUCACCGGAGCACUUGUGCUGAGCUUCUUGAUGCCCACAUGUCCAGACCUUGCUCUGACCGGCCCAUCAUCGUUCGUGAGUCAAAAACUAUGGAGAAUGGGAACUCCGGGCCUGGUUCCUUCUGUGAUGACUACCACCAGGUCAUCCCCAGAGCCAAGAAAGGAUUAACCAUACAAAGCUCAGCCAGCCUCAAGGAUAUUACAGGUGAGGCCAUUAACCUGGCCAGUGGGAAAAUCAAGGAGUUUUCAUUUGAGAAGAUCAAGUACUCCUCCAGCCAUGUGACUUUCAGAAAGGGUCGUAAGGUUAGGCCAGAUUCCUUCAGCAGAAGGUCUACUGAUCUAGACAUCAUCUACGGCCAAUUCACAGGCAAUGAUGAGAAUUGUCCUCCAUUCGGGCUAUUUCAGAAGUCUGUACUAGAAGAGAAUAAGCUGAGUCGCAGUGCGUCUUUGGAGCAGAACUUAAACAACGUGGCCACGCUCUACUUAAACAGCCUCACUGAGGAGAACCUAAUAUCCCGCAUACUUGAGAAAACCAAGACAGACAGCAGUGCCUCAGGAGAAGACAUUAAAGCCUGUCUGGACAUUCUCCUCAAGUGCUCAGAGGAUCUGAAGAAGUGCACGGACAUUAUCAAACAAUGUAUCAAACGAAAGUCUAUGGGUGGAAGCAGCGAUGACUCAAGUAACCCUGAAGCCAUUUAUAAAAAUGUGAUGGCACGUCUGUCCAAUUAUCUGAAGAGGCUUCCUCUUGAGUUGGAACAGGGGCAAACUGGGAGGCAAGAACACAGUGAGCUUGCUGAACUAGUCAGCAGCAUACAUGGGUUGCAACAAAUCCCCUUUUCCCCCAUCUUUGGCAAUGAGCAGCCUCCACGUUACGAGGACGUUGUUCACUUCCCUCCGCCCUCAAAGCCUCGGGUGAAAUCGUCCCAGACGGAACCUCAAGAAGACUCUAGGGAUCUUGCCAGCAAUGUGAACCCCAUGCAGAGCCUCCCUGGUUUGACAGCACGCACAUCUCCAUCAACUAAUGAUUUUCAGAAUGGCAGCUUGCCUUCAGCCUCCAGUAGCAGCUCAACACCUUUUAUCUGCCACCACACAGUCUCAAACAGCCGACUGGACACUUUCUGUUCCACAAAUUCGCUCUUGUCUAACAGUAGUGAAAGCCUUUGUAAAGAUGCCAUGGAGGCUUUGUAUAUCGAGGAGGAGGAAGCAGAUGUGGGAAGGAUGCUGGACAGGACAGUGAAAGGGGAUGGGAAAUACAGCUGUAGUCUAUCAGAGUCCAGACAGUACUCCAAAAGACCCACUGGCUACUCUGAGCCUGGUGUUAGUGUUUCAGAUAAACACCCUGAGCUUAGCAGAAAUGGUAAUGCAUUUAAGCCUAAAAAUGACUCGCUUGUCAACCAGAUAUAUUUGCCAAAAAGCACAGAUUCCAGACUAUUCUCAAAGUCAACCUCGCACACUACUAAAGGAGGGACUGAUGACAUUGAUAAACUGCUAAUGGACCUUGAGUGUCUUUCCCAGAACAUGCAAAAGGAGCCUCCACUGCCCCCUAAACUUAAGAACUGUGCCCAGCAGACAAGCUCCCCACAGCACCAGCAUUUGAUUGGUAACUCUAAAGAUCUACCUAUAGCAAGUUCUUCUGGCCACUCAGUGGACAAGCACUCUGAGCCAGAAGUUGAGGCCAGUAACGAGGAUGAUGGAGCACUGCUACUCAGGAUUCUUGAGAGCAUUGAGAGCUUUGCUCAAGAGCUGGUGGAGAGUGGAGCUGGGAGAGGCACUCAGUCUAAGGAGCGAGAGGUGAUGCGUCUUCUCCAGGAUACACUGGCCAGCACCAAAGCAGAGGUUACUCCAGACCCAGUGCCAGUACCUUCAUCCGAGAAUGCACAAGCACCAACUCCCUCAAGAGCAUCUGCAGCCAUACCUACCCCUGCUUCUACUGUGAGGGACACAGGCUCAACACUUCUCAUCCAACAGACACCCGAAAUCAUCAGGAUCCAGCCAGAGAAGAAACCUGGAACACCUCCUCCAACUCUCGCACCUGCACCUUCCUCGCCAACCCCACGGCCGCCCAGCCCUCCGCCAGCCAAAGCGGUGGUCACAACUCCACCCUCCUCCAUAAACAUUCCACGCUUCUACUUCCCCAAAGGCCUUCCAACUGUGGCCAACUAUGAUGAGGCCAUUGCCAAAAUUGAGGCAGCCUUCACAGAGUUUGAGGAGGAGAAAGCCGACAUAUAUGAGAUGGGGAAGAUUGCGAAGGCAUGCGGUUGUCCACUCUAUUGGAAAGCAUCAUUGUUUAUUUGCGCUGGUGGAGAGAGGACAGGUUUCGUUUCUGUUCACUCGUUCAUUGCAACAUGGAGAAAGUUAUUGCACAGCUGCUAUGAUGAUGCAUCCAAGUUUGUUUACUUGCUGGCCAAACCAGGCUGCCAUUACCUGGAACAAGAAGAUUUCAUCCCUCUACUACAGGACAUUGUGGACACUCAUCCAGGGCUGACGUUUUUAAAAGAUGCUCCUGAAUUCCAUUCCCGGUACAUCACAACAGUUAUUCAAAGAAUAUUUUACACAGUUAAUCGCUCAUGGACAGGCAAGAUCAACAUGACAGAGCUCAGGAGAAGCAACUUCCUCCAGACUCUCGCCCUGCUAGAAGAAGAGGACGACAUCAAUCAAAUCACAGAUUAUUUCUCUUAUGAGCACUUUUAUGUCAUUUACUGUAAGUUCUGGGAGCUGGACACUGACCACGACCUCUUUAUCGACCCCAAGGACCUGGCCAGGUACAAUGACCAUGCUUCAUCAAGCAGAGUCAUUGAGAGGCUUUUCUCUGGAUCCGUUACAAGGGGAAACUCGGUGCAAAGAGAAGGGAGAAUGAGCUAUGCUGAGUUUGUUUGGUUCCUCAUCUCAGAGGAGGACAAAAAGAACCAUACAAGUAUAGAGUACUGGUUUCGCUGUAUGGAUAUGGACGGAGAUGGUGUUCUUUCCAUGUAUGAACUGGAGUUUUUCUAUGAGGAACAGUGUGAACGCAUGGAGGGUAUGGGCAUUGAACCACUGCCCUUCCAGGAUCUCUUGUGUCAGAUGCUGGAUUUAGUCAAACCAGAAUGCCCAGGUAAAAUUACUCUUCGAGAUCUGAAGCGCUGCAGGAUGGCACAUAUAUUCUAUGACACAUUCUUCAAUCUGGAGAAAUACCUGGACCAUGAGCAGAGAGAUCCCUUUGCAGUGCAAAAGGAUUUGGACAGUGACGGUCCAGAGCCCUCAGACUGGGAUAAGUAUGCUGCCGAAGAGUAUGAGAUUCUUGUGGCAGAGGAGACAGCCAAUGAACAGAUACGAGAGGGAUCUUUUGAUGAUGAUUAUGAGUCAGAUGAGCACACAGUCUCCUCAGACUUUGGAAAUAAAAUGGAUAAGCUGGUCAUAUCGGAUUUAUCGGCAUAAGCCACUUUAUCGUCUCCACAACGACAUUCAUCAACAACAUGAAUGGAUCACCAUCACCCCAUUUUCACUCUCUUCUCGAAAAGGGAAAAACUAUUUUGUACAUUUCAUUAAGGAAAUUUGUGUGUGUGUGUGUGUGUGUGUGCAAUAGAACUGAUUCUAAUACCAAAAGGCUUUCAGAAACACACAAAAAGCUUUAUGUGCAAAAUGUCUUAACAUGUAAAUGUAAACUCAUUAUUUUUCCAGUCUCUUUCUGAUAACAUCCACUCCCCCAAACUAAACUGCCGGCUGGUUUCAUUCACCCUUUGUAAAGACUUUGAUGUGAAAAAUUGGACUUUAUAGUAACUUUAGAAGAAGUUUAGAAUGUGCUUUAAUGUGAGUGAAACUAUAUGUAAUGCUGCCAUAUUUUUUAAGAGGUGGGGAAGAAAGAAAGAGAGAGAGAGAGACAGAGAGAGAGAGAGAGAGAGCAAAUAGAGUUGCUCACAUUAUCCUUGUGUGAUAUGUAGCUUCAAGAGUCCUCUCAGACUAAAAUCAGAUAUUUAAGACAUGAAAACAGCACAUAUCCUGUGCUAUGCUGUGUUGCACAUUGAGUUUAAGGGACAUUGCAAGUUGUAACAGUACAAACAUAUCAGCAGUUAUGUAUUGCUCCUAGUGGUCACUGAUAAUACUGCAUGUUGUGGCUUAAAAGAAGAGAAAGAAAGUUGUGACUUUUUAGGUAUUUCAACUUAACUACAGACAUCCAACCUGCAUUACAUAUUUCCAGAUGAACUGACCAGGACAAUCUUAGACUUGAAAAUGCUUUUUGGAUAUUUUCUUUCUCAGCCAUAUAUUCAAGAUAUGCUGCGUUUUUUCUGGGGUCAAAAUUGUCACACCUUUUUAAAGAAAUGCAAACAUGAAAUAUAUAUAAAUUCAUCCUGCUUUUCAUCCUCGAAGUGAUGUGUACAGAAACGUAUGUCCUAUAGCAUUUUGUGUAUGUUUUGAAAUUAUAUAAAUACACUUGUAAUCAUUUGUAAAGAUCUGAAUGAGAGUUGUAAAGCACUAUUUAUUUGGUCUGGGCAUUGUUAACUCUGUCCGUAAGAUUAUACAGAAGCAGAUCAGUGGGUCACCUGUGUAUAAAAUGUCAUGCCACAGUCCCUCUUUUCUGACCCCUGGUUAUGAGUGGCCAGUCUCAAGUUUAACCACUCAGUUAAGUCAUCACCCAAGUACUGCCAAAUUCAAUCCAUACAUCGUCCCAAAGGAACUCUGUGAACUCUGGUACCUCUUUCCACUGUUAGCUCAUGUUUCCACAUUAAAUGUGAAGUGUGUCAUUUAUGUGCCAACAAACGGAAUUGUAGAAAAAUUAUUGUUUUCAAACAGUUUUCCCAAACACGCCCCUUGUCCAUCAUUGCCUGGACAAACAGGUAGCCCCACACUAAACUCAGGUUAUUUGUUGAGAAAGCGCCACAGUGUUUACAUCUUUCGGGGAAAUCAAUCUAUGAAUGCCUUACUUAUAGUUGUCUCUGCAUAUUAAGCUGGGAUAGGAGAAAGUAUUUCAAUAUGUAAAAUUAAACGCAUCACCUUAAAUGGAAAACAUGCCUGUCUCUUAACCAGAUCAGUGUUUUACAAAUCUGUGUGUGUGUGUGUGUGUGUGUGUGUGUGUGUGUGUGUGUGUGUGUGUGUGUGUGAGAUGGCCAAACCUUCUCCACUCUGUCACACUCUUUGGUUUAUGUAAUUAGUGUAAUAUAUUUAUAUACAGUAUGUGAAGUGGUUUGUUUUCGUUUGGCCAGCCAUUUUCAUGGAUUACCAGUAGCUUUUGUUGUACUGUAGAUUAGCUCUGACUAGCUUUGACUUAGGACAUUUAUUUUAUAUGGCCUCUGUAAAUGUCUUUGUAUUUUAUUUUUCCCAUGUGAUUGACUCUGCCACUGAGUGGUAGGGGAAGUUUAAGUUAUGAUAUAUCUCUAACUGCCAGUGUUAUAUAAUGUGCAUUAAGCUGAGUGGGCAGGGGCUUUAUGAAGGAAUUCAGAAUGAAUUCACUGAUAGGUGACAAUCAACUGGAUGCAUUUCUGGGAUAAUGACAUGCAAGUAGCACUUAGAAAACAGAGCAAUACAACUGCUGUAGUGUUACACUUUUAUCAGGACUAUUAGACAUUAAGAAAAAAACACAAAUCUAAAUCAAAACUUGACUAACACAUUGAGUGCUAUGCAAAUCUGAUCUUCUGGACAGCUAUUGGCAGCUACAGAAGCUCUUUUUUAUUUUAUUUUUUUUUUAUUUUUUUUUUUGAGUUUUAUAUCUUUCCAUGUGUUUUUCUCCCCCUGAAAUAUGUUGCUUGCAGACAGUGAAAGAAGGGACUUAAGUAAGGUGAUCUCCUAUGUGCUCUGAUGAGAUGGCUCUUGUGUUCGCAUGAUUUUUUUUCCCUCUUUCUUUUGAAAAAUUAUGAAAAUAAAUAAAAAAUAUUAAUU